AUGAUGUCUCAUGGUCAUUUAUGUGAGCCGUUGACGUUGAGUUACACCCUUGGGAACAGGAAGACAUUUGAGUUUGAGGAUUUGGAUGAAAUCAUCGCCAGACACAUCCAACCGAUGUCAUCAUUUGCUCGUGACGUUCUGCAACACAAGUAUUACAAGAACACAGAAGGUGGCAAGAAGGAGAUACUUAGUAAAAUUCUUAUGGUUGAAAAGAAAAAAGCUCCUUCCAAGAUUCCAUAUUUUAUGUCCAUGGCACGGGAAUAUCCGGGGAAGUUUGUACUCUUUUACCAACCGAGGGUUAAACCACGGAUGGAGUAUGUGACGAUUACGCCCGAUGGGUUUCGAUACAGGCAGCGAAUGCAGUCGUCACUCAACUCUCUGUUGAAAUGGUUUAAAGAGCACUUUAGGGACCCAAUACCAGGUGUAACACCUUCAUCUGCUACACCAAUGUCUGUCAGGACAGAAAACACUCCAGCAAGCAGCUUUAAUUUAGCAAAUGUGGACACCAGUCUUUUACAGAAAGCCAUCAGUGCAUUCCCUCCUCAUGUCUAUUCAGCCAUUGCUAACAUGACAGGUCAGCAACAAUCAAAUCAGACACCCUUGAUUACAGCUGGCACCAGUCAGUAUGGUUCAUAUUCUGGAGUAAGGAACCAGCCAUUUGCCACUCCACAAAAUCCAAUCGCCACGCCUCUGAUGACUCCAUCUUACCCUAUGGCUACGCCACAGACAAAUCCCAUUCAGACACCGCAGUAUCAGCCUACACCCAGACAGAGUUGGGCUACACCUGCACAUGUGCCGUCUCAUGCUGCCGCUCCUACUGCCCCACCACCUAGCAAUGUGCAACCGGUGCAACACAUCCAACCAGUACAAACUAUUACAAGACCCAGAAGUACUCCACAAAGGACCACCCAGUCAGCAGAAGCUAUGGACUGGGCUAAAGCUGCAGCACAGUGGGCCAGUCGAAAACAAGCCGAAGACAAGCCAGAGGACAGUCCUACGAGUACACCAGCAGCUGGCGAUGCCACUCCUCUCAUUGACGAACAAGAUAGAUAAUUAUGUGUAUAUAUUAAUAAUAUUAAACCCAAUUCAAUAUCCUCU